AUUUCCUAAGGACAUUUAAGUUUCUAAUGCAUAAUUAGCCUAUACCUAACAAUUUUAUACAUGCAGGGACUCCCAAAUGGACUGCAUAAAAUCAGCCAUUGAUAUUGUGAAGGACGUUGGCCCUACCGUUCGGAGAUAUGUCAAGUAUCAACUUUGUCCCAAAGAUUAUGUGGAUCGAUUCGUAGCAGUGCAAAAGAGGCUGGAGCGCCAACUAGAUGACGUUGAGGCAAAAUUAAACACACAACUUAGCCAGCCCGGCAAGAAAGCAGCGAGCCAAGUUGACAAUUGGCGGGAGGAAGUGCGCAAAGAAACCGCUGUAAAGGUUGAAGAUUUGACCUGUAAAGGAGGCUGUUUCACAAAUAUUUGCACAUCAAGAAAGCUCGAUAAAAAGACUCAAGCACUGAAUAAAGGAAUAUGCAUGCAAGGAGAAAAUUACACUAAGGAUGGUCAGAGUUUGGUCAUAGAUGAUCACUCAAUUGAGUAUUGCACGAUUGUAUUCAAAGAAAACCGAGAGCAGUUGAAGCGCCGGCAAAAAGACAUUGAGGCAAAAUUGGAGACUCAAUGUAUGCAACCUGGAAAGAUUGCAAGGAAGGAAGUUGAAGCAUGGAUGGAGAAAGCAUGCAAUCAAAUUGCCACAAAGGUUGAAGACCUUAUUAACCAAGGGGAAUGUUCUUCAUCAUCCAACCUUGAGAGAAAGACUGAAGAAUUGAAGCAAAUGCUUGAGGAAGGAAAAGAAUUCACUAAUGCUGGUGUGAGUUUGGUCAUAGAUGAUCACUCAAUAGAGUAUUGUGCACUUGCAUUCAAAGAAAAGCAAGAGAGGCUGAAGCACCAAAAGGAACACAUUGAAGCAAAUUUGAAGACUCAGUGUAUGCAACCUCGAAAGAUUACAAGGAAGGAUGUUAAAGAGUGGUUGGAGAAAGUAGGCCAACAAAUUGCCAUAAAGGUUGAAGAUCUAAUCAGCCAAGAGAAUUGUUCCUCAUCAACCAACCUAAAGAAAAACACUGAAGAAUUGAAGCAAAUGCUUGAGGAAGGAAAAGAAUUCACUAAUGCUGGUGUGAGUUUGGUCAUAGAUGAUCACUCAACCAAAGGAGUUCCACUACUCGUUGAAGAAUGCAGGGGCAAGAAUGAUAUAAAAGAUCAAAUUCUAGAAUGGUUGAAGGGAGACAAGGUUACAAAAAUUGUAGUUUCGGGAAUGGGCGGUGUGGGCAAGACAACGAUUAUGAAGCAAGUUCACAACCAACUCUUGAAAGAACCCAAAUUUAACAAAGUUAUUUGGGUAAAAGUGUCAAAAGACUUUGACAUUAUUGUCCAACACAAAAAAAAGUUUGAUAUUCUCAAGUUUCAAAAAAGGAUUGCAAGUAGCUUAGAAUUAAAAUUGGAGCCAGAGGAUCAUGAGAAUGAAACCAAGCUUGCAGGAUUGAUUUCACAAAAGUUGGGGCGAGGCAGCUUCUUGCUAAUUUUGGAUGAUGUGUGGCAACCUUUCUCUUUAGAAGACAUUGGAAUUCCUGAUCUAGUUGGAAAUAAUGGUUGCAAGUUAGUGCUCACGACACGAUUACAACAUAUUGCUCGUGUAAUGGAUUGUAAGGUGGUCAUGGUGAAUCCUCUUCCAGCUAAUGAAGCAUCAGCAUUAUUUUUGGAGAAAGUUGGAAGUGAUGUGUUUUCAGAUGGCAAAAUUAAAAGAGAUAUUGAGGUAUUUUUGAAGCAAAUUUUGCAAAAAUGUGGUGGAGUACCCCUUGCCAUUGUGACAGUGGCAAAAUCAAUGAGGGGGAAAUUACUUCCUCGUCAUUGGAAGUUGGCACUUUCUGAAUUUAGUAAAUUUGACAACAUUGUUGAUUGUUUGAAAUUCAGUUAUGAAUGCCUAGAACUACAAUGCCAGGAGUGUUUCCUAUACUGCACAUUGUAUCCUGAAGAUCAUGAAAUCUCAAAGGAAGAGUUAAUUGAGUAUUGGAUUGAGGAGGGGCUUAUAUAUAAAGAAGGGAAAACUAGGGAAGCAAUGUAUUGGAAGGGUCAUGAUAUACUCGAUAAGCUGGUUGACAAUUGCUUGUUGGAAUCGGUUAAACACAUACAUAGAGGAGAUUGUGUGAGUAUGCAUGAUCUUUUCCGAGACAUGGCGCUAGAUAUUAGGCCUCAAUAUUUGGUGAAAGCUGGCAUUGCCUUGGAAAAGCUACCAGAAGAGGGUGAAUGGAGAGAAAAUCUUUUGAAGGUUUCUUUAAUGGAGAAUCACAUAACAAAAAUUCCUUCAAGCAUGCCGUCUCCAAAGUGUCCUAUGCUCACAACCUUGCUAUUGUCCAAUGCCAAGAUUUCAACAAUUCCAGAAGCCUUUUUUGAGCAUAUGCUUGGGCUCAAGAUUCUUGAUCUUUCCAACAAUUAUGAGCUAAGUAGGCUGCCAAGUUCUAUUUCCAAAUUAGAGAAGCUUACUACAUUAUUGCUAUGGAAUUGUAGUUUCUUAAGAGAGGUACCAUCUUUAUCCAACCUUGUAGGCUUAAAAAAGUUGGACCUUUCCUGGACAUCAAUUAAAGAACUACCCCAAGGCUUCAAUAUGUUAACAAAUCUAAAAUGGCUUGGUCUUGGUGGAGGAUUAUCAGAGACACUUGAUGAAAUGCUACAAAAUCUCUCCAAACUUCAGCAUUUAAUAGUAAAUGCCAUAACAAAAUUUAAAUGGGAGAAGAUUGAAAGUUGGGGGAAGCUUCAAAACCUUGAGAAGUUGGUUCUUUGUAAUUUAGGUAACUUAAAUACGGUGUUUGGGGAAAUAGGAGCAGUUGCUAAGUCAGCACCACUACCAGCUAGCACAUUUUCCUCUCUUCAAUAUAUUAGUGUUUGGAGAUGUGAUCAAAUAAAGAAGUUAUUCUCAGUUAGGUGGUUGGGUUAUCUCCAAAAACUACAGACUAUUAAGGUUGAACAUUGUGAGCAACUAGAGGAGAUAAUAGGAUCUGAAUAUGAAGGAGGAGAAAAAGUCACUCUACUCGGGUUAGAAAGGUUGGAAUUGACAGGAUUGCCCCAAUUGAAGAGUGUUUAUGGCGGUUGUUUAAUUUGUGAUUCCAUUAAGAAGAUUGAAAUUAAGGAUUGCUACAAUAUAAAGAGUGUUUUCGGGUCAGGGUUCAACCCACUUCCAAAUCUUGAAUAUCUAGAACUUUCCCAAUUAUGGAAGCUGAAAUUUGUGUUUGAUGAAGAAGGUCUUGGUUUAUCGCCACAUGUACCUCCCACAAGCUUUUUCUCUCUUAAACAAAUUAGGGUUUCUGGGUGUGAUCAAUUAAAGAAGGUAUUCUCAUCCGGAUGGCUGCUCUGCUACUUCCAAUCUCUUCAGACUAUUGAGGUUCGAUGGUGUUCGCAAAUGGAGAAGCUGAUAUCGUCAUCAGCACAUGAAGAAGAAAAACUCACACUACCCAAGUUACAAAGCUUGGAAUUGACAAGAUUACCCUUAUUGAAGAGCAUCUGCAGCAGCUCCAGCGUGUUGAUUUGUGAUUCUAUCCAGAGUCUAAGGAUUACCUACUGCGAGAAGCUAAAGAGGAUUCCUCUAAAUUUUCCCUUGCUUGAUAAUGCCCAAUCAUCUCAUCCUCCUUCCCUCAAAGAAAUUGUGGUAUUCCCAAAAGCAUGGUGGGAAUCAUUGGAAUGGGACGAUCCCAAUGCAAAAGACAUCCUUUUACCCUUCUGUGAAUUUCAGAAAAUAUGGUUUUAAAGCGCAUCGCAAAUGUAAGCCUUUUAAUUUUCAAUUUUCCAUUUCUGAUUCAACUCAAUAAGACUUUUCCAUUCUUAAUAAAUCUCUCUCUCUCUCUCUCAUCUAUUCUUCUCACCCCCAUUGGCAGCAAUUCGGAUUCGACUCUGUAACCACAAGAAAGUUGGAGGAAAUCACAUUUUCACUAGUUGCUGUUGCUAUUGGUUUUCAAUUUAAUAUAAUCUUUGUUUUUCU